AAAUAUUUAUAACUAAGCUAAAAUUCCAUUAGGAAAAUAGAAAAUUGACUGAGUUUAAUUUGAAACCCUUAGCUAGAUUUGGAGACUAGGAUAAAGCCACUAUGAGCCAUGGAUGAAUACUUUGAGAAAAGUCUUCUCCAUGCUGUAUUAGCCCUGUACCUCCCUGUGAAACUCAGUAACUGGCAUGAGUGACAGCAGGGACUACCAACAGCUGAUUUCAACAGAAAACUUCCGUUAUGCCCUGGAAGCUUCUUAUUUUAGAAGGAAAUUGGAGAAGUUAAUUAAUGAGUGAAUGAGAUCUGAUUUCUUCCUUUAUGAUUUUUAGUUUUUGUCUUACAGAAUUUAGAGGAAGGUGCAUAAGGCCAAAAAUAUGCCUAGGAUCAGCCAUUUCUCCUAUUGUACAAUUUAUUAAAUGGAGCAAAAUUUUAACGUUACUCCUGUCAGAAAUGACAGAAUAGGAUGCCUGCAGUUAUGAAGUUUUCCAUUAGACUCCCUUCAUGCAAAGGAAAUGAACUGCUAUAGAUAUAAUGGCACCGCUCUUAGGAUUUUAUGCACUACCCCUCAAUUUCAUAACCUUCUCUGGGACAGAUACAUUCAUUGCCCCAUAAAGAUUUUAGUGAAUAAUGACUUCAACUUUUUUGUUUUUAACAUAUUUAUUUACUGUGUUCUCUCUCUCUCUCUCUCUCUCUCUCUCUCUCUCUCUCUCUCUCUCUCUCUCUCUGUGUGUGUGUGUGUGUGUGUGUGUGUGUGUGUGUGUGUGUGUGUGUGUGUGUGCACGUGCAUGCAUACUCGAGUGAUGGAGGUCAGAAAACAACUUACAAAAGUCAGUUAUUUCCAUCUUUCUGGUCCCAGGAAAGAAACUUAGGUCAUCAGGCUCAGCAGAAGUGCCAGCCCCAGCCUUCAACUGUUUUCAAGUAUUUCAUAAUCCAUCCCAUAUCCUUCCUGUGAAAUUACUUACUGUAGUGAGCAAUCAUGCCAAUUGGAUACUAAACCUCUAUGUGGGAUAGAAGGGGGGGUUAGGAAAUGCAAAAUCAGGACUGUGUGACAGUUUUUCAAUCUUUGAGAGCAAGUUCUAUCUGCUGAACAUGUAGAACAGAAAGAUGUUUAUGAUCUGAGCUGAUGAGAAAAAAACAGAUUCAAAGGAGGGCAAAGGUUUAAAAUUGGAAGUACAGCCAACUCUAAGCAGAACAGUGGAUAAGGAGAAAGAGACUGUAAUUAUAGCUCCUAAAUUGCUGUUCUUGAUGACUAGUUAGAUGGGCAAGGUAAAACUAUAAACAGUGAUUUCUAGGAACCCAGACCAAGUUGUGAAUCUCUGUGUUAUUAAUGUUGAAUUCUUGUUUGAGAACCAUCAGAACCUAUUCUGAUAAUCAAUAAAUUUUUCCCAGAAGUCAUUAGCAUUUACCUUCAAGAUUGAGUCGUGAUAUCUGUAGAAAAAAAAAACUGGCUUCUAUAAUCACACAUAAAUAUGGGUGCAAUAUUUUCAAAAAUGAUGAAAGGUACUAAAGUAGCCAAAAAUAAGUUGAAGUACCAAGAUCAACCCACGCUGUAAACUUGAGCAGCACCUGCUCUGUAUUCCUUCUCCAGUACAGCAGGCCACAGGAAUGAGAAUAAACAAUGUGGUCUCGCUGACAUGUUUCCCUCUGGCUACUCACCCAGUUGGUAUGUGAUGAUGACAUACCUGACAGCAGGCUUUGAGGUGGGAGCUGAAAAUAGCCACCUGGAGUUUCCAACUGCUCUUUGCUUUCAGUAAGAAGGAUCAUUGUUUAUGUUUACUUUUCUCACCCUUGUUUUGAAAGACUUAUUUUAAACCAUAUUUUAACUAUCCUUGAUAGUUGUUAAACUUUUUGUGCCAAAAUGAAAGAUACAAGUUUUUUAAAGAUUUAUAAUUUUUGGUGAUGGUGGUGGUGGUGGUGGUGGUGGUGGUGUGUGUGUGUGUGUCUGUGUGUCCAAUGUCAGGGGAAGAGGCCACAUGUGUCAGAAUUUUUGUAACUAGAGUUACAUAUUUGGGAACCACCAUGUAGGUGCUAGGAACUGAACCUGGAUGCUCUGCAAGAAUAGCAAAUGCUCUUAACUGCUGAGCCAUCUCUCCUGCACCAAAAUCAAUUUCAGGUUUGAAAGUGACCAAGUUGAUUGCUUUUUAGACUACAGAGAUAUUUUUUUAAAACAACAGCUUGAAAAGUAUCUUUUUUUUCAUCCUUCUCAUUCUUUGUACCCUGGGAAGGUGUGUAUAGAAUUUAGGCUGGAUAUAAGCAUUGGUCAUUUGUAUAUAGUAAAUUUUAGCACUAACACCUAUGUAGCAUGUAAAGUUGAACCAUGAGAAACUGCUGAAAUGCAAUUGGUUCAGGCUGUCAGUAGUGGUAGUUUUGUAUAGCUGAACCUGAUAGUUUAUUUAGCUCAGCCUUUAGAUAGGAAACUAUACCUCCUCCCUUGUGUGAAGAGCCCUCUGUUUGGAGAAUCCUGUCACAACUGAAACAUGAACCAGAGUUCCCUCUGUGACUCCUCUGUUCAUAUAUCCUUCUGGUCUAUCAUUCUAGGUAUUAGCAGACAGACUAUUCAUAUGUUUAAUUAUCCACUCUCUGGUUGGCAAACUCUCAGACACCAAAAUUUAAAGGGCAAGUGAAGUCAAUGUGUUGAGUUCAAUUCUACACAAAAGAGUAUUCUAACUACUGUCACCCUUUUCCUAAUACCUAUCCUGAUUUCUGUUUUUAUUAACAUUAAAGUAUCUAAAUGAUCCAAGAAAUUAAGGCUUGUACAGUAAAUGUGUCCCAAUGACAACCUCUGAUUAUCAAUAAUGACAAGUUUGAAGCUUGCAUGAAUUACUAGUUUGAAUACUCCUCUAUGAUUCAAGCCUGUACAAUUACAAUUUUUGUUUCCUUAGUUAUCAUAAGAUUUACAUACAUACAUACAUACACACAAACACACACAGUGAAUGCAGGACAAAAGAACUAUCAACUUCAUGAGUUAGGGAUCUAUGAUUUCACAUGUAACUGUUUAGCAUUGUAUUGUCCCAUGUAUAUUACAUAUGCACAUGUGUACAGAGCAUACACAUUGACACAGAAAAUUGCAAAGUAGUUUUUUUAUGUAGAUUUUCAGUAAUGCUAAGUCCAGUUGCUCAAAAGAGGAGAAUCACCUGUUGGAGCAGGCACUAAGUAUAUCUAAUGAGUUUUAAGGACUUAGUAUAAAUAGUCUUGUUGACUUUCUGUUGGUGUCUAUGGCUUAGCUGCCUUUCUGGCUACUGACAAAGAAGUCUCUAACCCUAACAUUAUCACUACCUUUGCAAAUUGCCAUCAGUCAGAGGCAAUCUACCAUGCAUAGAAGCUAGUUUAUAGUCUUCCUUUCAAAAAUACAAUGUAGAAAUAGAAUCUUGCAAUGACUUGCAUUUUCAGUUUUCUGGGGAACAAGUGAAUAAGUAUUUGCCAUUUGAAAUUUAGCUGAUAUAAGUCAUCAAAUGAUCUUUGAGAAAUGUCUUUUCUCAACCAUGGUGAAGAAUGUAUGUACCUGGUACAUAAUCAAUGAAAUUUUCUUAAAUUUGAAGGAGUAAGAUACAAGCCUGCUCUCAAAAACUUUGUAAUUCUCUGGCCAAAAUAUGACAUACUUACAUGGUACUUUCAUUGCCUUCCAUACAUAAUCAAAUCCUGUGUACAUGACAAGAACAAGACUUCAUAUUUACUAAUGAAGAAAUUGAAGUUGAAAGGGGCUAAAACGCUUGUCCAAGAGUUCUAAGCUAGGGAGCAGUGAAGCUGAAGCAGACUCCAUGCCUUCUAAUCCCUGACCUAAUGCUGGUUCCAACAAAUAAGUUUAGCUUGCAAAGUAAAUCUGAAGAAGUAAUCUGAAAACUCAAACGAUCCACUCAUGUGCUCAUUCAUUCACUCACAAUGGCCCAAAUAGGGCACCACACAUAACGUAUGUUCUCCAGGUGAUAUUUUUCCAGUCGUACAUUAUUGUUGACCAUAGUAAAUUCAUGUCAUAUUGAAGGACAUAAUCUCUAAUUAGUAAAAAAAAAAUUAUAAUACUCAAUGAAACAAAAAUCUGAACUUUGAGGUCAUGGGAAAUCUGCACCUUCUUCUCAUUUUUUUUCUUUUUGUGGAAACCAAUCCCCCUUUAAAGAAAAGAUCUUAAAAAAAUCCUUUGUGUCUAGGAUACAUUUUUAGAGAUUCUCUGAAUCAUUCUCAAAGACAAUGUUUCUGAGAGUUCUCAGAGAUGCUUAAAAAGCUUUAUGUAUCUAUAUACAUAUAAAAUUUGUGUAUGUGUAGUUACUUUUUUCUCACUGUAUUUAAGAGUUUUGUGAAAAUCUUUUUAAAAGAUGCAAAUACUUAGGGGAAAGUGCUCUGAAACUGCAGGGAAAAAGUUAAUUUUUAUUUCCCAAAACUUCAUGGUGAAAAAGACACGCUCUAGAGAACUCCUUAAGCUUAGACUUUUGCAGUCAGACCCACAUUGCCUGACAUCCAUUUCAGAUAAUAGUGCCUGCUUAAUCUCCUAUGGCUUUUUGUUCCAAUUAUGGUUUCCACCAGGCAACAUUAAACAGAGGAGACAAAGAUCAAAUGCCCUUCUGAUCAGCUGACUCUCAUUUUAUGCACAUGACAAAGCAGGAGCAAUGAAGAAAGCAAACCACCUUUUUCCCAGUUCCUGCAGUUGCAAAAUAUUAAGAGCUUAGCAUAUAACCCCAUCCCAAACAGUGUAGCUAUAGGUAAUUGUCAGCCCCUGGCUGAAGAGAGGGGAGUUUUCACUAAAAGUAUAGUACCUGGUAAUGCUGGCAUCCUCUAGUGGAAGACAUGCAGACAGGACUAUUUGGGCAGAACACACUGCUUGAAGGAUUAAGAAGAAACAAAGGACAGGAAGUUGCAUGGGCCAGGAAAAGAGGCUUUGGGAAGAGUUGGGGGCAAAGGGGUGAGUGUUUUGAAAAUACAUUGUGUAAAACUCACAAAGAAGCUGGGCAGUGGUAGUGCAUGCCUUUAACCCUAAUCCCAGCACUUGGGAGGCAGAGGCAGGCGGAUUUCUGAGUUCAAGGCCAGUCUGGUCUACAAAGUGAGUUCCAGGACAGCCAGGGCUAUACAGAGAAACCCUGUCAAAAACAAACAAACAAACCCACACACCUCACAAAGAACUAAUUAAAAAAUUCAAAACUAAUUUCUAUUUCAAAAAGGCAUUUCAGAACGUUCAGUUCCACUUGUUCACAUCUACUUUCUGUUAUGUUUACAUUUACAGAGACAGAGAACUCAGAAAUUUCCUUUUAUUUCCACCCUAUUCUUUACAUCUAUAGUACAUUUCAUUAUGAAAGUGUCCAGAUGAAGGUUUUUUUUUCCUUCUGAAGGACUUACGAGAAAGCAAGGGGAACGAAAUAAUUAUGAAGCAGAAUUGCCAUCGUGUGGCCAGAUCAGAGUGGAAAUCACAUUGCUGACAUUUUAAAACCUUGAGAUUUUCAUACAGUGUAUUUGGAUCUGGUUCACUCCCAACUCAACUCCCGGCGUCUCUCUCUGCCCAACUUCAGGUCCUCUUCUUUGUUCUUAAACCCAUGGAGUAUGUUUGUGGCUAUAUAAUCACAGGACCUUCCGCUGGACUACAGUGGAUGUAUCAAGGGCCACAUCCUUAAAGAACAUGAACUCCCCUGUCCCAGAACAUACCAAUUGCUCCUCUGGUAAGGGUAUAACUUUAUAACAUUCAGACCAAACCCAAAGUCAACAAUCUAUAGCUUUUGGACUAAAUCUUUCCCAGCACCUUUUUUGCAAAUAAAGUUUUAUCAAAAUACACUUCAUUCAUUGACAGCCUGUGGUUACUUUUGCACUCCAGUUGUAGCAACGGUCGGCUGCAAGAGAGUCCACCUGACUCCGGUGCCUAAAAUAUUUACUAUCUGGCACUUUACAGAAAAAAAAAAAAUGCUUCUCUCCUUUGCUGUAAAUCUACCUUCUCUUCCUUUCUUCCAAAUAGUAAUAAGUAGUGAGAAAAGCAUAGCCUGCAUUCUCUAGUAAGAAGCAGAAAAUAAUGCUUCUUCCCCCUGGAUUGUGCAGGCAAUACUUCUGGGGUCCUGACAGCUUUGUGCAUUGUAAUGAUCCCAGAAUUGGAAACUAUCUGUGGCUUUUCAACAGCAGGGCUUUCUUGUUCCUGCUGUCAAAAUGCAAGCAAGGCUACAGAGUAUCCAAAAAUAACUAAAUUUUUAAGUAAUGAAGUUUGUUUUUUAAGGUUUAUUUUCUGAUAGUGGGAAACGGAGGGGAAGAGAGAGACUGCUUAGUGGUAAAGAGCGCUUGCUGCCUGUGCAGAGCACUGAGGUUUAGUUCAUAGCAUCUAUAACCUCAGUUCCGAGGGAUCCAACACCCUCUUCUGAUCCCGGAAGGUACCAGGAAGGCACACGCUACACAUACACACAUACAGGCACUCACUCACAUACACAUAGAAUAAAAAUUUAAAAGGUAUCUUAAAAAUAAAAUUUUAAAUGUAAAUAUAAAGAUAGAGUGUAGAAGAUGACUCAGGGAGCCAGUAAUGGUCAAGAUUGGCUCUCAGUACCCAUGUUAGGCUGCAUACAACUACCAUAAUUCCAGCUCCACACAAAGCUAACACCCUCUUCUCAACUCAACUGGCACCUGUACACACACACAUACACACACACACACACACACACACACACACACAUGCACACACACACAAACACAGACACACACACACUAAAAAUAAAUCUUAAAAUAGAUAAAUGAGUAACCAUGAAAAUAGAUUUUAAGGCCAAAUACUCAUACACAUUGAACUUUGUGUUCUACAUCAUCCACAUCCACCAUAGGAAACAAAAACAAACCUUAAGUAAAAAACCUCUCGAGCUCUCAGUGUUAGGUUAAACAUCAGAGAUGGCUAGGUUUUGUCUCCUUUUUGAUCAUGCAAUGCAUGUCUACCUACAUAAUAACAGCACUUCUACUAUUUUGAUGAUACAAAAUAUGUGGGGAGAGAGUAUACUUCAUGUCUAUCCACACAGCAGCAUCAGAAAGAAAAUACAGCAUUUUGCUUAGUUACCAGUCCCUGGGAAAAUGGAUACAGUUUCUAAAACUAUAAAUAUAUUUCCAGAGGGAGGAAGUGUGUGCUUUCUUGUGUCUGUCACUGAUUGCCAACUUCUCUGAUCUAUAAAAUACAUCAAUGACUCCACACAUGCUGAAGUUACCCUUCAGCUUCCUUUCAACUUUGGUCACCAAGAGUAAGAAGUGCCAGUGUAGGUUGGCCCCAAGAGCAUCAUUUAUCUUCCAUAUUCCAUGGGCAAAUACUUACAUGCAUAGUAGAUUCAGAGUUUAUGGUUAUUACUCUCUGGAGUCAAUUGUCUGCUGGGUUUAUUUUUUCCUAAUCCUGUACCACAUCAUAAAGGCGUCUGCCAAGACUACUUUACUCAACGGGAUUCUAUUUUCUUCUGUUUUAGGCACUUUGUUACUUUAUUUAUAUAGACUGAAGAAAGUAAGAGGGAAGCAGUAGUAAGUCUCCAUGCCUCAGGCCAUCCAGCAUCAAACCCUGACUCUUUGACAGCUUUAAAAGACACUCAUUGCACAAGACAGAUCUUCUUGUAUGUAUGUGUGACAAAGAGCCCACUGAGAUUAUCCCCAUGGAGUAGAGAUGUUCUCAGAAAACCUUUCAAGGGAAAAAAAUGAUUUUAAAUUUUCUCCUUGUGUUUGGUUGCUUGAUUUUGUCAGUGUUUUCUACCAUCCCUGAGCAUACAAAAUUGGCUUCAAGUUGCCUCUUAAUUCUGGAGUUCGUGAUGAUCGUUGUCUUUGGCUUGGAGUUCAUCAUUCGAAUCUGGUCUGCAGGUUGCUGUUGUCGUUAUAGAGGAUGGCAAGGAAGACUGAGGUUUGCUCGAAAACCAUUCUGUGUAAUAGAUACCAUUGUUCUCAUCGCUUCAAUAGCAGUUGUCUCUGCAAAAACUCAGGGUAAUAUUUUCGCCACGUCAGCGCUCAGAAGUCUCCGGUUCCUACAGAUCCUGCGUAUGGUGCGCAUGGACAGAAGGGGAGGGACCUGGAAGCUGCUCGGCUCUGUGGUUUAUGCUCACAGCAAGGAAUUAAUCACAGCCUGGUACAUUGGAUUUCUGGUUCUUAUUUUUUCAUCCUUCCUUGUCUAUCUUGUGGAAAAGGAUGCCAAUAAAGAGUUUUCGACAUAUGCGGAUGCUCUCUGGUGGGGCACAAUCACACUGACAACCAUUGGCUAUGGAGACAAAACACCCCUAACGUGGCUGGGAAGACUGCUCUCUGCAGGCUUCGCACUCCUUGGCAUUUCUUUCUUUGCACUUCCUGCUGGCAUUCUUGGCUCAGGUUUUGCAUUAAAAGUACAGGAGCAGCACCGCCAGAAGCAUUUUGAGAAAAGAAGGAACCCAGCUGCCAACCUCAUCCAGUGUGUCUGGCGUAGUUAUGCAGCUGAUGAAAAAUCUGUUUCCAUUGCAACCUGGAAGCCACAUCUGAAGGCCUUGCACACCUGCAGCCCUACCAAGAAAGAACAAGGGGAGGCAUCAAGCAGUAAGUUCUGUAGUAAUAAGCAGAAGUUCUUCAGAGUGUACACCUCACGGAAGCAGAGUCAGAAGCUGAGCUUUAAGGAGCGAGUGCGCAUGGCUAGCCCAAGGGGCCAGAGCAUUAAGAGCAGACAAGCAUCAGUAGGUGACAGGAGAUCCCCGAGCACUGACAUCACUGCCGAGGGCAGCCCCACCAAAGUCCAGAAGAGUUGGAGCUUCAACGACCGAACCCGCUUCAGGCCCUCACUACGGCUCAAGAGUUCCCAGCCAAAGCCAGUGAUAGACGCCGACACAGCCCUUGGCAUUGAUGAUGUGUAUGAUGAGAAAGGAUGCCAGUGUGACGUCUCUGUGGAGGACCUCACCCCACCACUUAAAACCGUCAUCCGAGCAAUCAGAAUUAUGAAGUUUCAUGUUGCAAAGCGGAAGUUUAAGGAAACAUUACGCCCAUAUGAUGUAAAAGAUGUCAUUGAACAAUACUCUGCUGGUCACCUGGACAUGCUUUGUAGAAUAAAAAGCCUUCAGACACGCGUUGAUCAAAUUCUUGGAAAAGGACAAAUGACGUCAGAUAAGAAGAGCCGAGAGAAAAUAACAGCAGAACACGAGACAACAGAUGACCCCAGCAUGCUCGCCCGGGUUGUGAAGGUUGAGAAACAGGUCCAGUCCAUCGAAUCCAAGCUGGACUGCCUGCUGGAUAUCUAUCAACAGGUCCUCCGGAAAGGCUCUGCCUCCGCCCUCACUCUGGCAUCCUUUCAGAUCCCGCCUUUUGAAUGUGAACAGACCUCUGACUAUCAAAGUCCUGUGGAUAGCAAAGACCUGUCUGGCUCAGCACAAAACAGCGGCUGUUUAACGAGGUCAGCCAGUGCCAACAUCUCAAGAGGCCUGCAGUUCAUCCUAACACCAAAUGAGUUCAGUGCUCAGACUUUCUAUGCGCUUAGCCCUACUAUGCACAGCCAAGCUACCCAGGUACCCAUGAGUCAAAAUGACGGCUCCUCCGUGGUAGCCACCAAUAACAUUGCAAACCAAAUAAGCGCCGCACCCAAGCCAGCAGCCCCAACAACUUUACAGAUCCCUCCUCCUCUCUCGGCCAUCAAGCACUUGUCCAGGCCAGAACCUCUGCUCUCAAACCCCACCGGCUUACAAGAGAGUAUUUCUGAUGUCACCACCUGCCUUGUUGCCUCCAAGGAAAGUGUUCAGUUUGCACAGUCAAACCUGACCAAGGACCGUUCCCUGAGGAAAAGUUUCGACAUGGGAGGAGAAACUCUGUUGUCUGUCCGCCCCAUGGUGCCCAAGGAUUUGGGCAAAUCUCUGUCUGUACAAAACCUGAUCAGGUCGACAGAAGAACUGAACUUACAGUUUUCAGGCAGCGAGUCAAGCGGCUCUCGAGGCAGUCAAGAUUUUUAUCCCAAGUGGAGAGAAUCCAAAUUGUUUAUAACUGAUGAGGAGGUCGGUGCCGAAGAGACAGAAACAGAUACUUUUGACGGCACCCCACCGCCUGCGGGGGAGGCUGCUUUCUCAUCAGACUCUCUAAGGACUGGAAGGUCACGGUCAUCUCAGAACAUUUGUAAGACAGGAGACAGUACAGACGCCCUCAGUUUGCCUCACGUCAAACUGAACUAAGUUCUUUGUUUCCUUUCUAAGCAUAGCUGUUCUUUUAGCCAUACAUAUCACUGCAUGAAGUACUCUGGAAGCCCGUCUAUAGAGUUGAAAUCGCACAAGAGUCAGGAAGAACGCGAAAGGCCAUUUAUAAGCCUGUUAUCUUUUAAUUGCAUGAAAAUGCAUGUUUAGGGGUGGCAGAAAUUCCAAGGUACAUCGACAUUAAUCCAUGCAUUUAAUAACGUACCUUGAGUCUAAAAUCCCAAGCCAACAGUCGCUGCUGAUGCUAUGGGGUGUGUGAAGAUGCCGGGAUAUUAGUUCAAUUGCAAGAGUUGACGCUGUGUUUUGAAAUUGUGAAAGUAAACACCUUCAAAUUUCAGGCAUUUCUGCUUUAUGACUAGAUACCAAGUACAUUUUCAAAAUUAGGCCAUAAUGUAUGUUUAGACACAAUGGCUAUCAACAGCUGCUAAUAACAAAAGUAAAGCAGAAUUUGGGAUAUAACCGAAAUGGCUGCUUAUUUCAAGAAACCUUUGCCAGCCCGUUUCUCCUAAGUCAUUUCAUCAAUGUGAUUUGAAUGUCAAUCUGUGUGCUUCUGGUGACUUAGCGCUGUGGCAAGCAGUUUCGCACAUUGUUUUCAUGUUGUCCUUUACGCUGCGAAUGUUUUCCAAUUAGAAUAUGGCCAGAUAAUGUUAUUGAGGGCCAGUGGGGGAGGAGACCUCCCCUUCCUACGGCAUCUUCCACUUCAUGACAACAUAGUCUCUAAUGGAGGAGUCAACCCUGAAAAUGGUCAACCUCUCUACAAGCAUAUGAAGUACUGGUGGAUUUAACAGCCUGUGCAACGGGGCUGGUCUCUCUGUGAGGAUACAACCACAGGUUUGCCCAUCCUGUCCCCUCAAAUGGCCAGGGUGACUAACAAUUCCCAUUUAGUGGACAUAGAGGUAUAGGGCCUGGGGAAGGGGUUUCCUACUUGAGGUUGGGGGAAAACAACUUGGAAAGACUCCACAGUUACCACAGGUGGGUGACAUUAAAGGAAGUACAUCUCCAUCCCCCCCCCCCCGCACCCCAUGGGCAAGGAGGAGAGGAGCCCAAAAUUUGAAAUAAAUAACUAGAUUUUCUUAGAAAAAUAAAUAUUGCUAGGAAAUCCAACUACCUAAACACCCACUUAUUCUUGUAUAGCAGAGAAUUUUGCAAGCUAUUUAUUUUUAAUAUGCCCUGAGUGUCUUUUGCUAUUAAGUAGCACAUUUUGCAUAUGAAAGGCUAAAAUGAAACUUCCUUUACUUUUAUACUAUAGUGAACAUUUUUCUAUUCUUCCCAACAAAGUUAUCCCACAUAAGAAACUACCGGCUCAGUUUCCAGAUUAUGAACAUUUAUAACUGCAAACCAGAUAGCACUGGAUGGGUCUGCAGAUCAAAACUCCUUAGUCAUGUAUUAUGAUGGAAAAGAAACAAAUAAAAAAGUGUAUUUAUUAAAAAUGCAUUUCCCAAAAGGCAAGCAAUACUGGCUGCUUGUUAGAAUUCAACCCCAUACCUGUAAUCAUGGAGACGGGGAACCGAAGAUAGAGGAUCAUGAGUUCAAUGCUAGCCUGGCUCAUACAGCAAGACUGUGUAAAGAGAGUGGGGGGGGCGGGCUGCUAAAGAAAGAUCUAUAACUGCCAUUUAAAUUAUAUAAGCUUUAACUAAAAGAUUCCUGAAAGAAGAUGUUUUUCUUUUUGUGCUGGGUGGUCUGGGUUGGGAGAGUUGGGGGCCUUUUCAACCUUUUUAGCAUCCAAGCCAAAUGAGCAGAAUCUCUAGGGAUGUCAAGUGGUUGAUGGAAGCAAGGAAGGCUCUCAACCCACCAGCCUCUCCCCCAGCAGAACGCUGUCCCUGAACAAUCGCCCUUACUUUUCUUUCCCCUAACUGGUAACUCUACACCACAAUUUUGCUUUAAAACUUCACCAGGUUUCAGCCAGCCUCCACCCUCAAGCAAACCAAUUCUCUCUUCCUCUGUUUCUUCCCAACCUUUAAGUAACUUUGUCAUUUAAAGUCUUCCCCCCCACCCCUUUCUCUCUCUCUCUCACCCCUCAAGGACACAUGCAGGGUGUGGUCGCACACCUCUAAUCCCAGGAUUUGAGAGGCAAAGUUGGGUGGAUCUUUGUGUGUUCAAGGCCAGUCUGGUCUACAAGGUGUGUUCCAGGCCAGCCAGGGUGACAGAGAGACCCUGUCUCAAAAAAAAAGGAAGGGGGGGGGGGGGAGUGUGUCUGAAAAAAAGACAAACAAAAACUUUCUUGGACUCUUAAUACGGUCUCUUAGAGUGUAGCAUUCAGGAUCUUCUGACCUAUGAGAACAUCUUUAAAGUCUAAAUUCUACACUCCAUUGAAAUUGGAAUGCUCCUCAAGCCUUUCGAGCUAUUCUUCUCAUUUUGCAAACAGACUGCUACUCAAUUAUUAUAUGAUGUUUUAUUUACCUAUGUCUCCAACCAACCUGAAUGAUGUACCCUCCAACGGACAUUACACACAUGUGUGUAUACCCACAACACAUCCCUCACCAUUGAGCAAAAGCCAGAGAAACCUGCCUGGCACUGAACAAGGCUCACUCCAAAUACGGGCUGAGGAAGAGGAGGGAGCUGACAGCUUCCAGACAGCACUGAUACUGUCUCAGGUUGAACCCCACUGGCAGCAAGAAUUGUGAAUGUAUCAGGGACCCCUUCUUCUUAGGCAUCCUCGGGCCUCAAGCACAGUACAGUUCAUCUAACAUAGCUGAAAGCUGAAGAUUCAGAGACAAAGCCUAAACGUGUCCCUACGGUCUUAAGCACAGCAAAAAUGUGAAGAAUGGCAUUGAGAACGAUGUCUGCACAUUGAAGCCAUGACCACUUUGUGUCUGCUUUAUUCUAGCACAAAACCACCUGGAUGUUGGUAGGUUUUGGGUGUGUACAUUUCAGAGGUAUGUCUAUUAUGUCAUGCUCUGGGGGAACAGAGGAGGGGUCUCCCAUUUACACUUAGCAGAGACCCAUUGCUCCACCCCAAAGAGUGGCAGGGGUGACGGAAGGGGAGCACAGGUUAGCCGAGCACACUGAAUAACCCUGUGCUUUCUCAGCCCAAACCCAUCUGCCCUCCGCAAACCACAGGGUUGGUGGAGCUCAUAUAGAACAGCAAUCAUCCCAUGCAGGAAGUUACCUAAAACAUGUUUGCCACGUCUAAUCUAAAUGUUUGCAUCAUUACAAUGUACAAACAUUACAAUGUUUGUUGAGCCAAAUUAAUAUCUGUAGAUGGCAAAUUCAUUUAAUUUAAGAGCUUUAUUGGGUUUUCUAAGUACUUAAUUUGGGUUCUUAGGUGCCUUUCUGACCUGCUAUUGGCUCAGCCUUUUGGUAUUUUGUUUUUUUCUGGAAGGUUCUUAAUAUGAAAAUCAAAAAAGCCUAAUAGAGGAGUUGAGGCACACACUAGGUAUAUAUCAUACCUAUUUCCAGAGCAAAACUAUAAAGAAUGAUGAAACCCAGGCAAACAGAUCAUCCAGUCAGAUGCUAUCACAGAUGCUAAUUCCCCAGAACCCAAUUUAUUUAUUUAUUUUUUUUGCCUUAAAUGACAUGGUUGUGUUUUUGUAAGGAAAAUUUAAUUUAAUAUAAUUAUGUGCAUUUAACUGAGCAGUUCCAAAAGUCAUGUACGAAAACAAUGCAAUUGUCUGUUUCCUGAAAAACAACUAAAUCAGGAAUAGCACACCCAUUUCAAGCUAUCAUUAAAAUGUAAUUUCCUUUGCUCUUUUACCAAGAUGAUAUGUUUUAAACUAAAACAUUAAAAAGAUGUCUAUAAACAGCUA